AUGUUCUACGUCACACCGUGCCAUGCCAAGCAGGUCAUGGGAGCUUUCAGUCGGAAGGUGCCCGCGUUCGUCCAGGGUGUUGGCGUGGUCAGCAUGAGCGAGAUGAGAAGUGCUGUUCGCGAUUGCGCGACCGAGGUUGUCGAUGCUUUCGUCGCCUCCACGGUGUCGCCCGCCGCUCCCGCGACGGAUGCCAAGUCGCGGUUGAAAAUUCAUUGCUGGGGCAACUUGCAGGGCAGCGGCAACCGCGCGACCGCGGUUGGCGACGGCGAUGGAGCCAUCACUUGCGCGAUUCGCGCAGCCGGGCCCGCCCUCGCCAAGGCAUGGGACAUGAGGAUGCGCGCGAAGGUGCGGGCGUUCGGCGGAUCGAAGGCGAGGCCCGAGCUUCUGGGCAUGCGCCCGCAGGCGAUCGUUACGGCAGCGGUGGCCUGGCUUGGUGCCUCCGCCCGUGCGGGCGUGGCCGUGCUGGCAGCGAGCGCAGGGCGGGUGGUACGAUCCCUCCGCCCGCGCACUUCGACCUGGCCUCCCACGGAGGAGUUCCGGAUCGGCUCGGACGGUGAGGCCGAGAAGGACGGCGGGGAGCUGCUCCCCGCGGUCCCCUCUUUCCCGCAGCUGGUCGACGGCGAAGUGCGCUCUUGCCCGCAGCUAGCCUGUGGCGAGUCCGAGGAGGAGCUGUCCAGAGAGGUGGAGGUGAAGGAGCAUGGUGGCGCCACCAUCUCGCACAGGCGCUGGGCGGAGGACCUGUGCGACGCCGCCCUGCUGGCCGUCGGCGUGGAGUGCGCCAACGGCGUGUCGGGCGUCCUUGACGCUGACGCCGACGGCCUGGGGCAGCAGGUCGUCGACGCCCGGACCCUCCGCAGCCUCCGCCUCGAGAGCGCGCACCAUCAGGAGUUGGUUGGCCCCGAGGCCGCGCGCGCCUUCCGCGAGCUGGUCCAUCAGCGUCCCGCCCUCGCCGAGGUCGCGCGCCUCGCGGGACGAGCGCCCAGCGAGGCCAUCCUCCGGUCCGUGCGGAAGGACUGGACCCCCAGGGACGUCGCCGCCGUGCAGCAGAAGCUGCUGAAGAUCGACGUGGCCUCCCCGGAGGAGCUAUUCAAGCAGUUACGUCUGGAAGGACCUUCUGGCAUGAACAAGAGACUAAAGGCGGCUGGGCAGACGUGCCUCAAGGUGGAGACUUGGGAAGCUCUUGGCGCAAGAGGUGAGAAAUAA